UCUCCCGAUCUGAGCCCGGUCACUAUUGUAUUCUUCCCUUUUACCCAUUCACAUUUUCCCUCACGGAAGUCCCUCUAACUGUCUAACUUGAAUCCAAUCUGCUUUAGCUCCUUCGCGUCAACUCAGUCCAUGCAGCUGCACGUUCUAUCGGUGGUUUUGGUGCACUGACCGGACCCCAAAACAGCCCUCCUCCCUCCCCCGGUGGUAGGGCUGAGAUUCGCUCCGGCUUGAUACUACCCAACGUGCGUCACUACGUGUAUCCAGAGAUAGGCUGUGAGUUUCAAGCUGAGCUUCGUUCCUUGAAGAUAAAGGAGCGAGCACCUUGAGAAACAGCGGAAUUGGGAGCCCAAGAUCGUGGGGUUCAAAGGAGAGAUUCUGCGUAGAACGCGGCAGGUCAAAUAGAGAAUCAGGCAGGGUAGAGAGACCAGGAUAGGGAUUGGACGUUGGGCUUCCGAGAGGGCGGGGAUUUGAAGGAGGCGGGGAUAGAACACAGAGGGACUGGAACCGAGCGGAGGUAAAACCAGGGACUUGAAUACCCCCCCGAAAUACACGCAAGACAGAAAUCGGGGUUCCUGGAUAUUGGAUAAUCGGGGGCGGGCAGGAGUUCCGAAGGCCGGUCGACCAAGUCUUGGACUCGUCGCUCUGGGAUUGGUCAUAUGCAAGUGGGAGACGGGUCUAGCGCUCUAAAUCGGGGUUUGGGGAGGUGUACUAAGGCUUGGUCCCCAGGAUCCGAUCGGCACACCCCAGACUCAGCGUGAGAUCCCAAAUUGACGUCCCCCCAACACCGGAGUCUCGGCUGGGACCCUCAAGAUUCCUCAGGUGCUUAGGAAGGGGGGUCUAACGCGACAUGGCUGAAGCACACCAGGCUGUAGGCUUCCGACCCUCACUGUCUUCUGAACGGGCGGAAGUGGAAUUCAGUGCCCCGGUGUUGCAGGAGAUCUACCUGUCCGGACUGCGCUCUUGGAAAAGGCAUCUCUCGCGUUUUUGGAACGACUUUCUCACUGGUAUGUUCCCCGCCAGCCCCCUCAGCUGGCUCUUCCUCUUCAGUGCAAUUCAGCUUGCCUGGUUCCUCCAGCUGGACCCUUCCCUAGGACUGAUGGAGAAAAUCAAAGAGUUGCUGCCAGACUGGGGAGGACAGCACCACAGGCUUCGGGGGGUCCUGGCUGCUGCACUGUUUGCUUCUUGUCUGUGGGGAGCCCUGAUCUUUACACUUCACGUGGCUCUGAGGCUGCUUCUGUCCUAUCACGGCUGGCUCCUUGAACCCCACGGAGCCAUGUCCUCACUCACCAAGACUUGGCUGGCCCUGGUCCGCAUCUUCUCUGGCCGCCAUCCGAUGCUCUUCAGUUACCAGCGCUCCCUGCCGCGCCAGCCCGUGCCCUCUGUGCAGGACACCGUGCGCAAGUACCUGGAGUCUGUCCGUCCUGUCCUCUCGGACGAGGACUUCGACUGUACUGCGAUCCUAGCACAGGAAUUCCUGAGACUACAGGCGUCGCUGCUGCAGUGGUACCUGUGGCUCAAAUCCUGGUGGGCGUCCAAUUACGUCAGUGACUGGUGGGAAGAGUUUGUGUACCUGCGCUCCCGGAACGCUCUGAUGGUGAAUAGCAACUACUAUAUGAUGGACUUCCUGUACGUGACGCCCACGCCGGUGCAGGCUGCUCGCGCGGGAAACGCGGUCCACGCCCUCCUCCUCUACCGCCACCACUUGAACCGCCAGGAGAUACUGCCAACUUUGUUGAUGGGAAUGCGGCCCUUAUGCUCUGCCCAAUAUGAGAAGAUAUUCAACACCACACGCAUUCCUGGGAUCCAGAAAGACCACAUCCGCCACCUCCAUGAUAGCCGACAUGUGGCGGUCUUCCACCGGGGCCGAUUCUUCCGCGUGGGGACCCACUCCCAAAGCGGCCUGCUUUCCCCGCGUGCCCUGGAGCAGCAGUUCCAGCGAAUCCUAGACGACCCCUCACCUGCCUUCCCCCACGAGGAGCAUCUGGCAGCGCUGACCGCUGCUGCUCCCAGGGACAUGUGGGCCCAAGUGCGGAGGUCCCUGAAGACCCAGUCGGAGGAUGCCUUGGAGGCAGUUGAAGGGGCUGCUUUCUUUGUAUCACUGGAUUCGGAGCCCAAGGGGCUCACCAGGGAGGACCCUGCAGCUUCCUUGGAUGCCUACGCCCAUGCCCUGCUGGCUGGCAGGGGCCAUGACCGCUGGUUUGACAAAUCCUUCACCCUCAUCGUCUUCUCCAAUGGGAAGCUGGGCCUCAGCGUGGAGCAUUCAUGGGCCGACUGCCCCAUCUCAGGACAUAUGUGGGAGUUCACUCUGGCCACAGAAUGCUUUCAGCUGGGCUACUCAGCAGAUGGCCACUGCAAGGGCCAUCCUGACCCCUCACUGCCCCAGCCCCAGCGGCUGUACUGGGACCUUCCAGACAAGAUGCAUCUAUUCAUCUCUCUGGCCCUGAGGGGAGCCAAGACCUUAUCUGGAGACAUCGACUGCCACGUCUUCCCCUUCUCCCACUUUGGCAAGAGCUUCAUCAAACGCUGCCACCUCUCUUCAGACAGCUUCAUCCAGAUGGCCUUGCAACUGGCCCACUUCCGGGACAGGGGUCAAUUCUGCCUGACUUAUGAGUCAGCUAUGACCCGCUUGUUUCUGGAAGGCCGGACGGAGACGGUGCGGUCUUGCACGAGGGAGGCCUGCAACUUUGUGAGAGCCAUGGAUGACAAAGAGAAGACAGACCCACAGUGCCUCACCCUAUUCCGCUUGGCGGUGGAUAAGCACCAGGCUCUUCUGAAGGCAGCGAUGAGCGGACAGGGGGUCGACCGCCACCUCUUCGCACUCUACAUCAUGUCCCAAUUCCUCCACCUGCAGUCGCCCUUCCUGGACCAGGUUCACUCGGAACAGUGGCAGCUGGCCACCAGCCAGAUCCCUGUUCAGCAGGUCCACCUGUUUGACGUCCACAAUUACCCCGACUACGUUUCCUCUGGUGGUGGAUUUGGGCCUGUCGAUGACCAUGGUUAUGGUGUUUCUUACAUCUUCAUGGGGAAUGACACGAUCACCUUCCACAUCUCCAGCAAAAAAUCAAGCACAAAAACGGACUCCCACCGGCUUGGGCAGCACAUCGAGGCAGCACUGUUGGACGUGGCCUCCCUGUUCCAGGAGGGGCAACAUCUUAAGCGAGGAUGCAGAGGGCUAAGGGAGGAGGACUCCGGGCACAGGACUAGCUCUCUCCCUUGCCACACUAAGGGCUCCAGGGCAUCCAUGACACCCAACAACUUUUGACCCCUUCCAUCAGGGAGCUGGUCUCCCUAGAAACUAGCUGGAGGGCUGGGCUGGUAUAGGACAGAGGCAGUCUGUUUGCAUUUGGAAAUCUCACAUCUAGUCCAAUAAAGAUGUGUGAGCUGGGUAUGUGCUAUUGCUGUGCUCUUGGGCUGGGCAAGGGUGGAGGGGGAGAAAAGGUCCCAUUCAUCCCCGGGCCCAACCAGAAAUUCCCAGUUACCUCCAGUGCCCUUGGCACUUUUUGUUCAUCCAAUCUGAUUAAAGUGAUACCAUUGAUAGAGUGAA